GAAAAAGAGAAAAAGAGAAAAAGAGAAAAAGAAUAACUAUUGCUCCUCCACCAGCUUCCAGCUCUAACGACUCUUCAGUUGCCUGCCCCCCUGUUCUUGACUCCCCCUCCUCCUGCCCCUUGUCCCUCCUCGCUUCUCCUACUCCCCUCCCUCAUCUUCCUCAUCUUCCUCAUCUUCCUCAUCUUCCUCAUCUUCCUCGCCUGUUUCUUUCUACACCACCCACAACGAUACGCAUCAUACAUACAUACAUAUCCUGUACAGAAAUAUCUAUUUUCUUCCCUUCUCUUCUCUCUUCCUCUCCAAAGUUUUCCACUCACCCCUGCAUACCCUUCCACGACAUCUGCUACAACUAUAUACAACAUAAAACGACUAGAUAACAGCCAAACCGGAGUCCUUAUCAGCCAUUUUGUUGAGCCAAAGUUCUUGCCCCUGUUGAUAUCCAAAGGCUUUGAACCCAAACCAUGGCAACCCGUGGGUACGAAGAGCACCCGCAGUAUGGCGCCGGCCGUGUUCGCCGCCAUUCCUCUGUUGUCGAUGAAAAGGCCCUUCCCGCACCACUCACUCCCCGUCGAAAACACGCCAGAAGCCAGAGCACUCGAGUGAGCAAUGGCACAGUCAGCACAAAUAUGAGCAUGGCCUCGAGUCGAAUGUCCCAGGCAACAAAUAUCACCCAACCCCCCGCAUACUCGAAAAAGUUUGUUGUUGUUGGAGAUGGUGGCUGCGGGAAGACUUGUUUGUUGAUUAGUUAUUCUCAGGGUUAUUUCCCAGAGAAAUAUGUUCCCACUGUUUUCGAAAAUUAUAUCACUCAGACCAUGCACGUACCAACCGGCAAGACAGUCGAACUUGCCCUAUGGGAUACAGCCGGUCAGGAGGAAUACGACAGACUGCGUCCACUUUCAUAUCCUGAAACAGAUCUCCUCUUCGUAUGCUUUGCAAUUGAUUGCCCUGUAUCACUCGAGAACGUGAUGGAUAAGUGGUAUCCCGAAGUCCUCCAUUUCUGCCCCACAACACCCCUAAUUCUUGUCGGCCUCAAAUCUGACCUGCGCGACAAACGCACAUGUAUCGAGCUUCUUAAAACCCAGGGGUUAACUCCUGUUACCCCCGAACAAGGCCAAACAGUAGCUCAACGAAUGGGCGCCACAUAUGUGGAGUGUAGCAGCAAAGAGAUGCGCGGUGUUGACGAGGUCUUUGAACUUGCCGUUAACACCGCUGUUGGGAUUGAAGAGCAGGGCCACGACUCAUCUAAUGGGGGCGGAGGAGGUCGCAAGAGAGCUAAAAAACGGACGUGCAAGUUGUUGUAAACAUCACCCCCCCCCCCCCCCGGUUCCAUUUUAUUUCACCCGGGAGGAAUGCGAAUGAAUUCUGCCCCCUGCCCCCUAAUCUCAUGACUCACCCUUUCCAACCUCCGCUCCCCAUAUCACCUAUCGGAUGAUCAAUAUAUUUCCCCUUCUUCCCCCCACCCAUCUACAGACGAUAUACUCACGACACUUGUUGGGAUGGACCAACCUCCUCUGAACACUCGGACCUUACUUACCACCACCUACCCACCAAACAAAAGAACCCUCACGAGGACGACGAAAAUAUGAACACAACGUUCCAGUUCCCCGCUGACGAAAUGCCCCCCUUUUUGCAAUGUAUGAAUGGCACUACACGGAUGCUUUUCAUGUCUCGGUAUAAAUGUUGUUUUGUCCUUUUACCCUUUUCCUUCUUGGCCCCGGCUCUGGCUCCGGCAUUGAUUCUUUCUGUCAUUUUGAUGACCUGCUGCUUGUGUCCUGUCCCUGACCACCCGCCCACCGGUGACAGGGGGAAUUUUCAUUCUACGGCGAUAACAAAGGUCACCGUGACCUUGUUGAUUAUACAAACAUUACCUCCAUUUUCAUGGGCGUUUUUCUUUUUCCCUUAUUCCUUUAUGCUUUCCAUUUUCCUAUUUUUUUUCACAGAGUACGAUAUGGCGCAAAUAUGUCUUUUUUGUCUUUCACGUCUGUUGUUGUCUAUUGGCCAGUUUUAAUGUUUCUCGGCUUUUUUUUUUUUAGCCUUUAUUACCAUAGUAUGUUUUUAACUCCAAUUUUGAAUUUUUCACACCUCUCCUUAAUCAUUCGCCCUUUUUUUAUAACUAUAUUUUGAGGUUCCUUUGUUUUUUGUUUUAUUAUUUUUACAAAUCAACUCUGAGUGUGUGAACCUUUUCCUCCCCAAUGAGCAUUUUGAAAGUGAAUUGAGAUGAUGAUGAAAUACAUUCCAAGGCAUGACAACAAAAAUGCAUAUAGAAAGUGUUUGUCUUUUUUUUCUUUUUUUUUUUUUUUUUUUACCCAACAUAUUUCCUCUCUUCUAAGUUGAUCAGUUUUCCAUAUAUUCCCUUUUUUCGGGCUGUUUUUUCUUUUUAUUUGAGAUAUGAAUUGUACUGUACAUGCUUUUUUUUUUUUUUGAGAGAGUGGGUUGGGGAAUGGAGAGGGUAUGGUUUAGGUUAGGUGUGUGCAUGCAUGUAUGUAAAGUACAGUACACAGUACAAUGUCAAGAGAUUGAUGAGUGAGUUAGUGAAGUGGAAAGAGUGAGAAAUUGAGAGAAUGUAAGGAGUAGUAGAGGAAGUGAAUGUAAGGAGAUUGUUGAAGGAAAUGAAAUAUGAGUUUCGUGAUAAAUAGAUGAAAAGAGAAUGUAGUGAUUCUAUGUAUGCAUGUUAUGAACAGCUGAACAUCUACUGAAAAAUAACAUAAAAUCAACCCUCUAGUGGUUUAUAC